GUUUUUUCUUUUAUUUCCCCAACUUUGAUUUUAGGCUCAAGGUUUCCUUUCCGUUACUUUUUGAUUAGCAUUGUCUUUGACUUAUUUCCCUUUUUCUUUUUCUUCUGCGAAUACCAUGUCUUCCAUUUCUUUUCCCUUAUGUCAGUUUAUACCCAACCCGCAUGAUCGAGGAAAGAAGCAUUUGGAUUUAUGAUAAAGUGAUACCUUUAACUUGUUUAAUAUCUGACUGCGUUUGGUAUGUUGUCCAGCCUCUCUGUCCCCUUGCCGCUACCGAGUAGAUAUACAAAUUCCCGUCCUUUACAUGUACAUACAUCUUGAAGUUCAGCCACUUAAUGUUUAUCAUGAGCUUAAAUAGUAUAUACAAUUAUUCUAUAUAUAUAUCUAUAUAUUGAUCAUCUGCUCAUUAGGUAGCGGAAUGUUAUUUAGUCCCGGAAGUGCAAGUCCAAGCAGGUAUGUUCGUAGCUCAGAUCCAAAAUAUAUAGGUAUAAAGAGACAAAAAACAAAAUAUAUUAAGUUGAAAAUCACAAAAAUACCCAUUGCCCAGCCCCCUUAAGUUUAUUCUGCCAUUUAUUAUUGGGACCAUCUGCGACUUCCACAGCAGAAGGGGCGCCCAGAUCAGCCGCGCAGCCACACGAGCCUCCUCAUACCUAUCGGUCAAGAGAUCUAUCUCCUCCAACUUGACAAGCUUCGUUUUCUUGACUACAAACUUCCAGGUCAAAAACAUGCAUAGAAUAACCGGAAGUUGGAUAUAGAAGCUGACGAAGUCAACCGGUUUGAACUUUGGGCUAAAAGAUGACCAUCCUUGAACGAGGAUGAGCAGACCGUUGAGCCCGAUUGAUAAGAUGGGCCCCCAUGGGUAGGUCCAAUUUUUGAAAGGGAGAAGAUGCUCGAGGUUUUGCAUGCGGACGGCCUGGCGGAAACGAAGAGAGGAGUAUCCAAUAGCCAUCCAGGAGAUUUGGUUGGAUACACCAACAAUGCUGUACAGAGAGGGAAAAAUUUAGUAUGAUUUACUGGAGGAAUAUAGGAGGAAAGGGGGUGAUCGGGUGGAAAUAUGAUAUAUUAGGAUGAAGGAAUGGGGGCAACUUACUUCUGCAGCCAAGUCCAAAGUUGGCCAGCACCGAUAUAACUUGCACCGAAGCAAAGACCACUAAUGGCAGACGUGCCUAUGACAGCAAUCCACGGGGUCCUCCACCGAUUAAGCUUCCCAAAGAUAGUAGGGCCGUGGCCAUUAACAGCGAGGGUGUAGAGCAAUCUUGUGCCAGCGAACAGUGCAUGGUUACCAGCCGAGAGGACGCUAGUGACGAUGACAGCGUUAAUGAAGCUGCCGGCAAUACGGCUGCCUGCCUGCUGGAAUACGAUGGUAAAGGGGGAGGUCCGGGUGUCCUUAGUGGUCAGCUCCGGAUAGUCGUAUGGCACAUUCAGGCCAAUCAUGAGGAUGGCCAGGAUAUAGAAGAUAAGGAUUCGCCAGAAGACAUUGCGAAUCACCUUCGGCAUGUUGCGCGUGGGGUCCUUCGUCUCUCCGGCAGUGAUGGCAAUGGACUCCGUUCCGCCGCUGGCCAACCAGUAAGCAUAUGUGAGGUAAAAGAAAAACAACGGAGGCAGAGAUAUAUGAUAGAUAGAGAUUAUCAGUGUAACUGCAAACACUUACUAUGCGAAUGAGGCCGUGACGAAUACGGAGGCAAAGCCACCAAUUCCGCCUACGAAGGGCGCAUCUCCUUUGAGGAAGAGGCUGC